AGAGGGACCAGAGAAACCACAAUGGUAACUCGUACUCGUCAACAAAACAUCCUUACACCAACGUUAUAACAAAACAUCCUUACAGAUUUCCUUUUUACUUUCAUUCCAGAAAAGAAGAACACAAAUCCCACCAACCGAUUCACUUGAUUUGCUCCAAGCUCAGUAUUUAGCUCCAAAUAUUCAAAAACUUUUUGGGUGUUUGUCUCUCCUUCAUGUUCGUUUGGUAGCUUUUACAGAAGAAGCUCAAGUGCUCUGUUUUCCUUUUAUUUUUUUGGAGCUAGAAGAGAAACCAAAGCUUGAAACUUGGUGUCUUUUGGUGCUUGUUUGAGAUCGGUGGAAGAUUAUAAUGGAACAGAAGCACGUGUUGUUGUCAGCUUUGAGUGUUGGAGUUGGGGUAGGAGUUGGGUUGCUGAGUUCAGGGCAGUCAGUGAGUAAAUGGGUUAAAGGAACGAAUGGCUCCCCGGAUUUGAUUUCUGCGGACCAGAUUGAGUAUGAGCUGAUGAGGCUGUUUGAUGGCAGAGAAAACGAGAUUUCGUUUGAGAACUUUCCUUAUUAUUUGAGUGAGAAAACAAAGGCGUUGUUGACCAGCACUGCACAUGUUCAUUUGAAGUACUCAGAAAUUUCUAAGCACACCCGGAACCUGUCACCGGCAAGUAGAACUAUAUUGCUCUCAGGACCAGCUGAACUUUACCACCAAACACUUGCCAGAGCUUUAGCUCAUCACUUCAAAGCAAAGCUGCUGCUGUUGGAUGUUAAUGCCUUUUCACUAAAGAUGCAGAGCAAAUAUGGUUGUGCCAAAAGAGAAACAUCUGUCAAUCGUUCUAUCUCAGAGACAGCAAUGGAACGAGUGUCUAAUUUGUUUGGUUCCUUUUCAAUCCUUCCUUCAAGUGGGGACACUAGAGGCACCUUACAACGACAGAGCAGUGGUAUUGACACCAAAUAUAGGAAUUGUGAAGGCUCAAAUACUCCAACACUUCGCAAAAGUGGCUCAAGUACCUCUGAUAUGAGUAGCAUGGCUACUAAAAAUUCUUCCUCAAACUCAGCUCCCUCAAAGCACAUGAGUAGCAGCUGGUGUUUUGAUGAGAAAGACCUUAUUCAGUCAAUUUACAAGGUUGUGGCUGCAAAAUCAGAAACUCGUUCAGUUAUAUUGUAUAUCAGGGACAUUGAGAAGCUUCUUGUCCAAUCACAAAGGUUCUUCAAUUUGUUCCAGAAAAUGAUGAAGAAGCUUUCGGGUUCAGUUUUGAUUUUAGGUUCUCACAUGUCGGACCGAGAAGAUGAAUGUAGAGAAGUUGAUGAGAGGCUUUCUGUAUUGUUCCCAUACAACAUUGGGAUUAAACUACCAGAAGAUGAUACCCAAUUCGGCAACUGGAAAGAUAAACUGGAAGAGGACAUGAAGGCCAUUCAAAUACAGGAUAACAAAAACCACAUAGCUGAGGUUCUUGCAGCUAAUAAUCUCGAAUGUGACAAUCUAGCUAAAGUCUACGAUGCAGACACAAUGGUUCUCAGCAACUACAUUGAAGAAAUUGUUGUGACAGCAAUUUCUCAUCAAUUGAUGAAAACUAAAGAGCCGGAGUAUAGAAAUGGAAAGCUUGUCAUCUCAUCAGAUAGUCUUUGCCAUGGAUUGAGCAUAUUUAUGGAUGGAAAAAGUGGCGAGAAAGAUACUUUGAAACUGGAGACAAAUGCAGAAUCUGUAAAGGAUGAGGCUUUUGGUGCAAAGGCAGAAUCCAAAUCUGAAAACAAAUGUGAGGGAGAGAAAUAUGUUUCCUCAGGGAAGAAAGAUGGAGAGAAUGCAACCCCAGCAAAGGAAGUUCUUCCAGACAAUGAGUUUGAGAAGCGCAUAAGGCCAGAGGUUAUCCCAGCAAGUGAAAUUGGAGUGACAUUUGCAGACAUUGGUGCAUUGGAUGAGACUAAAGAAUCACUCCAGGAGUUGGUAAUGCUUCCCCUUCGAAGACCAGACCUUUUCAAAGGUGGUCUUCUUAAGCCAUGUAGAGGUAUAUUGCUCUUUGGACCACCUGGUACGGGGAAAACAAUGCUGGCAAAGGCAAUAGCAAAUGAAGCUGGAGCAAGUUUCAUUAAUGUCUCAAUGUCCACUAUCACUUCAAAAUGGUUUGGGGAAGACGAAAAGAAUGUUCGAGCUCUGUUCACUCUUGCUGCCAAAGUCUCCCCGACCAUCAUUUUCGUGGAUGAAGUCGACAGCAUGCUUGGACAAAGAACUAGAGUUGGGGAACACGAGGCUAUGAGGAAAAUUAAAAACGAGUUCAUGACUCACUGGGAUGGUCUGUUGACCAAAUCCGGAGAGCGAAUUCUUGUUCUUGCUGCUACCAACAGGCCUUUUGACCUUGAUGAGGCCAUCAUUAGGAGGUUUGAACGCAGAAUCAUGGUUGGUCUUCCCUCAGUUGAGAAUAGAGAAAAGAUUUUGAAAACUCUUCUUGCAAAAGAAAAAGUUGAGAAUCUGGACUACAAGGAGCUUGCUACUAUCACAGAAGGAUAUAGUGGAAGUGAUCUUAAGAACCUGUGUGUGACAGCAGCAUAUCGGCCUGUAAGGGAGCUAUUACAACAGGAGAGAACAAAGGAUGUGGAAAGGAAGAAGAAAAGUUCUGAAGGCUCUAGCUCAGAAGAUUCUUCAGCCGCCAAAGAAGAAGAUAAAGAGGAUAAAGAAAUUAUCCUCAGGGCCUUAAACAUGGAAGAUAUGAGACAGGCAAAGAAUCAGGUUGCUGCAAGUUUCGCCUCAGAGGGAUCGAUUAUGGGUGAGUUGAAGCAGUGGAAUGAGCUGUACGGGGAGGGAGGUUCAAGGAAGAAGCAACAACUUACUUACUUCCUCUAGAAUAUCCUAUUAAGAAGGCAUCCUACACCACUCAUCAGCAUCGUCUUACUUGGUGGAAGGAAUGUCAGUCUAAGGAAGCUUGAAACUUAUUCAAUCUGAUACGCACUUUUUAUGGUGCUGCAUGGCAAGUUUCUAGCGCCAAAGACUCAACCAAUCAGCUCCUAGGAACCCCAUUAAAGCUUGUCUGUGUGCAUUAAUAGUAAAGCCAAACGAUUUGUCUUGGCAUUCAGGCGUUAAGAGAGGGCUGUCGGCAUUUGUUUAGAGAGUCCUAGAAAGUAGAAACCAAUUGCCACUUAGUCCUCAUUAGGAUUGGUCAUGUUAUUUAUGAAUGUCUGGUUUUUGGAAGUGUGUAUGGAAAUGGGAUUGUCUUAAAGUAGGAAAAUUUAUGAACUUGUUUGAUGUGAAGUUUUAUAUGGUUGAGGAACACCUCUCGUAGAGUAGUAUGUUGUAAAUUAGUUGUGUAAUCUUUAAUAGUAUAGUAUUUUGCUUCA